AUGGCGUCCCGUCCGGAACUCAAGAAGCUCGACGACGAGGGCAGCUUCAUCCGCUUCUUUAAGUCGCUCCCCGCCCCCAACGAUGACACCGUCCGCAUCUUUGACCGAGGCGACUGGUACACCUCCCAUGGCGACGAUGCCAACUACAUUGCCAACACAGUCUACAAAACCACCUCGGUCGUCCGCCAGCUCGGCCGCAACGACCACACCGGCCUGCCCUCCGUCACCAUGACCGUCACCGUCUUCCGGCAGUUCCUGCGCGAGGCGCUCUUCAAGCUCGGCCGGCGCGUCGAGAUCUGGCAGAGCCCCAACGGCCGCAUGAACUGGCGCUGCGCCAAGCAGGCCUCCCCCGGCAACCUACAGGACGUCGAGGACGACCUCGGUGGCCAAUUCGAGUCGGCGCCCAUGAUUAUGUCCGUCAAAAUUUCCACCCGCGCCUCCGAGGCACGCGCCGUCGGCGUCUGCUUCGCCGAUGCUUCGGUGCGCGAGCUCGGCGUCAGCGAGUUCCUUGACAACGACCUUUACUCCAACUUCGAGGCCCUCCUCAUCCAGCUCGGCGUCCGCGAGUGCCUCCUGCCCCAGGACAAGUCAGAAAAGGACAAGGACCCCGAGCUGGCCAAGCUCCGCCAAAUCCUGGACAGCUGUGGCGUCGCCAUUGCGGAGCGGCCCGCCGCCGAUUUUGGCAUCCGCGACAUUGACCAGGACCUGGCGCGCCUGCUCAAGGACGAGACGGCCACCGCUUUGCUCCCCCAGACGGACCUCAAGCUCGCCAUGGGUUCGGCCGCGUCGCUCAUCAAGUACCUCAGCAUCCUCCAGGACCCCUCCAACUUUGGCCAGUACCAGCUCUACCAGCACGACCUCGCCCAGUUUAUGAAGCUCGACGCCGCCGCGCUCAAGGCGCUGAACUUGAUGCCCGGCCCCCGCGACGGCGCCAAGACGAUGAGCAUCUAUGGCGUGCUAAACCACUGCAAGACGCCCGUCGGCAGCCGCUUGCUGGCGCAGUGGCUCAAGCAGCCGCUGAUGAGCAAGGACGAGAUUGAGAAGCGCCAGCAGCUCGUCGAGGCGUUUGUCACCGACACGGAGCUCCGCCAGACGAUGCAAGAAACACACCUGCGCUCCGUCCCCGACCUGUACCGGCUCUCUAAGCGCUUCCAGCGCAACAAGGCCGACCUCGAAGACGUCGUCCGCGCGUACCAGGUCAUCAUCCGCCUGCCUGGCUUCCUCGGUACACUAGAAGGCGUCAUGGACGAGGCGUACCGCGACCCCCUCGACGCGGCCUACACGAGCAAGCUCCGCGACCUGUCCGACAGCCUCGGCCGGCUGCAGGACAUGGUGGAGCAGACGGUGGACCUCGACGCGCUCGACCGCCACGAGUACAUUAUCAAGCCCGACUACGACGCCGGCCUGCGCAUCAUCCGCAAGAAGCUCGACGCGCUCGACCGCAACAUCCGCGCCGAGUUCCAGGAAGCCGCCGCCGACCUCGGUCAGGAGGCGGACAAGAAGAUCUUCCUCGAGACAAGCCACAAAGUUCACGGUGUGUGCAUGCGGUUGACGCGACAAGAAGCCAGCUGCAUCCGCAACAGGGCCCAGUACCAGGAGUGCUCGACGCAGAAGAACGGCGUCUACUUUACCACCAAGAAGCUGCAGGCGUACCGCCGCGAGCACGACCAGCUGUCGCAAAACUACAACCGCACGCAGAGCGGCCUCGUGCACGAGGUGGUGCAGGUCGCCGCCUCGUACUGCCCCGUGCUCGAGCGCCUCGCCGGCGUCCUCGCGCACCUCGACGUCAUCGUUUCGCUCGCGCACUGCGCCGUCCACGCCCCCGAGGUCUAUGUCCGCCCGACCAUGCACCCGCCCGGCGGCCAAGGCCAGACGCGGCUUGUCGGUGCGCGCCACCCCUGCCUUGAGCUGCAGGACGACGUCCAGUUCAUCACAAACGACGUCACGCUCACCCGCGACGCCUCGUCGUUCCUCAUCAUCACCGGGCCCAACAUGGGCGGCAAGUCGACCUACAUCCGGCAGAUUGGCGCCAUUGCGCUCCUCGCGCAAAUCGGCUCCUUUGUGCCCUGCACCUCUGCCGAGCUCACCAUCUUUGACGCUGUCCUCGCCCGCGUCGGCGCCAGCGACUCCCAGCUCAAGGGCGUGUCCACGUUCAUGGCCGAGAUGCUCGAGACGGCCAACAUUCUCAAGUCGGCCACGGCCGACUCCCUCAUCAUCAUUGACGAGCUCGGCCGCGGCACGUCCACCUAUGACGGCUUCGGCCUCGCCUGGGCGAUUUCCGAGCACAUUGUCAAGGAGAUUCGCUGCUUUGCCCUCUUUGCCACGCACUUCCACGAGCUCACCGCGCUCGCCGAUCAGCACCCCAACGUGGCCAACCUGCACGUCACGGCGCACAUUGGCGGCGCCGACGGCGGCAAGAAUGGCGAUGACGGUGCCAAGCGCGAGGUCACCCUGCUGUACAAGGUCGAGCCCGGCAUUUGCGAUCAGAGCUUUGGCAUUCACGUCGCCGAGCUGGUGCGCUUCCCGGACAAGGUCGUGCGCAUGGCCAAGCGCAAGGCCGACGAGCUCGAGGACUUUACCGCCAAGCACGAGGACCUCGGGGGGCUGAGCUACAGCAAGGCGCAUGUCGAGGAGGGCAGCGCCUUGCUCAAGGCGCUGCUGGUGCGCUGGCGCGCCGAGGUCCAUGACGCCGGGCUCAGCAAGGAGGAGCAGGUUGCCAGGCUCAAGGCGCUCGUGGGCGACGACGAGAAACUACUGGCCAACCCCUUCUUUCAGUCCGUCAAGGCGCUAUAA